GUUGGAGCUACAUUGGAUUCGGGCUGGGAUUUUCUGACGCCGUAUGUUUUUCUUUAAAUAUCUGUUUUCAUAUAUUGUCUGGGUUCGUCAACCGUGCGCGAUCGGCGCCGUAAUCGUCAGUGGAAAUGAUGAACUCCAGUGUCGACCUGUCCCGGCGGAAUCCGCAGGAGGAUUUCGAGCUGAUCCAGAGGAUAGGAAGCGGCACAUACGGAGAUGUGUACAAGGCUCGCAAUGUAAACACAGGAGAGCUGGCUGCUAUCAAAGUCAUCAAACUGGAACCGGGUGAGGACUUUGCUGUUGUGCAGCAGGAGAUUAUAAUGAUGAAAGACUGUAAACACUCCAACAUCGUUGCCUAUUUCGGCAGUUAUCUUCGAAGAGAUAAGUUAUGGAUCAGCAUGGAGUACUGUGGAGGUGGUUCUUUGCAAGAUAUCUAUCAUGUAACUGGGCCUUUGUCAGAGUCACAGAUAGCCUACAUGUCACGGGAGACCCUGCAGGGUUUAUACUACCUACAUAGCAAAGGCAAAAUGCACAGAGACAUUAAGGGAGCCAACAUCCUUCUGACAGACAAUGGUUAUGUGAAACUAGCUGACUUUGGCGUAUCAGCCCAGAUCACCGCGACUCUAGCAAAAAGGAAGUCAUUCAUUGGAACGCCUUACUGGAUGGCUCCUGAGGUGGCAGCAGUGGAGAGGAAAGGUGGUUACAACCAGUUGUGCGAUAUCUGGGCUGUGGGUAUCACUGCAAUAGAACUGGCUGAACUGCAGCCGCCCAUGUUUGACCUGCACCCGAUGAGGGCUUUGUUCUUAAUGACAAAGAGUAAUUUCCAGCCUCCUAAGUUGAAAGAUAAACUCAAGUGGACAAAUAACUUCCACCAUUUUGUCAAACUGGCCCUGACCAAGAACCCAAAGAAGAGGCCCACAGCUGAGAAACUGCUGCAGCACCCUUUUGUGUCUCAGCCUCUCAGCAGGACACUGGCAAUCGAGCUGCUGGACAAAGCCAACAACCCCGACCACAGCACGUUCAAUGACUUUGAUGAUGAUGACCCUGAACCCGAGUCUCCGGUUCCUUACCGUAUCCGCUCCACUAGCAGGAGCACCAGGGAAGGAAAAACACUGUCCGAGAUGAAAUUUGAUCAGGUGAAGUUUGAUAAUCUGUUGGAAAAGGAGACGCAACCUCAUCAUGAACCGUGUGAUUCUGAGCCCUAUCUGGACUGUGUUGAGGAACUCUACUAUACAGCGAGAUCUAAUCUGUUGGAAUAUGGCCAAGAUUCAUCACGUUUUCUGGGAGGAAAUAAGAGUCUUCUCAAAUCGGUGGAGGAGGAGCUGCAGCAGAGGGGCCAUGUGGCACACUUAGGGGAUGAUGAGGAUGAGGAUGAUGAUGGUGCAGAUGAUGAUGAAACUCACACUCCUAAAUCAAGCACGAUCAUGAGGCCAAAGGUCCCACCCCCGCUUCCUCCUAAGCCCAAAUCCAUCUCCUCAUCCCAUCAGCAGCCACACCAACAAAAACAAGAUGACAGCCAAUCACACAGUGAAGAUGACGGCGGAGGGGGAGGGACCAUCAAGCGCUGCCCGGUGCCAGAGACACCAAGCCCCGCCAAGGCCGCGUCCAACGUCCCCCCGCGUCCCCCGCCCCCGAAGCUGCCACCCCACCGCCGCAGUAGCCUAGGUAACGAGAGCCCGAAGCACAAAGACGUCGAAAACUCUGCCACAGAGGAUGAUGGGAGCUUUAGGCAUUUCUGGGAGUGGCUCCACACACCUCACACAGAGGAGGAGCUGGAGGAGGCAUGGGAGGUGCUGAAGGAGGUGAAAGAGGAGCAGGAAAAACAGGAGGAAAAGAAAGAGAGUAAUGGGCUGAACUCUCCCCACAAUGGCGAGAGGGACAGCCCAGGAGAGAGGCAGUCCACCAUGCCCCCUAGUGUCCCCAUAUGGAAAGACAAGAAGGAUGUUCCGAAGCCAAUCAGUAAUGGUCUCCCCCCAACACCCAAAGUCCAUAUGGGUGCGUGUUUCUCUAAGGUGUUCAACGGCUGCCCUCUGAAGAUCCACUGUGCCACGUCGUGGAUCAACCCUGACACUAGAGACCAAUAUUUGAUAUUUGGAGCUGAAGAGGGAAUCUACACGUUAAACCUCAAUGAGCUGCACGAGACAACGAUGGAACAGCUCUUCCCUCGGCGGUGCACCUGGUUAUACGUCAUGAACAAUUGUCUUCUUUCCAUAUCUGGAAAAGCCUCCCAGCUGUACUCCCAUAGUCUAAGUGGUCUGUUUGAACAGGCCAGACAGUUACAGAAGUUACCAGUAGCCAUUCCCACACACAAGCUGCCUGAUAAGAUAAUUCCCAGGAAGUUUGCUGUGUCCAAUAAGAUUCCAGACACUAAAGGGUGCCAAAAGUGCUGCGUAGUUCGUAACCCGUACACCGGUCAUAAGUACCUCUGUGGAGCCUUCCAGUCCAGUGUCAUGCUGUUGGAGUGGGUGGAGUCAAUGCAGAAGUUCAUGCUUAUCAAGACUAUUGACUUCCCGCUGCCAUGUCCGUUGGAAGUCUUUGAAAUGUUGGUGGUCCCUGAACAGACCUACCCUCUCAUCUGUGUGGCGGUCGGUAAAGGAACGGAGCUCAACCAGGUGGUCCGAUUUGGCACAGUCAAUCCCAACUCUACCUCCUCCUGGUUCACAGAAGCAGAAACCCCGCAGACAUGUGUGAUCCAUGUCACUCAGCUAGAGAGAGACACGAUCCUAGUCUGCCUCGACAGGUGUAUAAAGAUAGUGAAUCUCCAGGGCCGGUUGAAAUCCAGUAGAAAGUUGUCAGCUGAGCUCACCUUCAACUUCCAGAUUGAAAACAUAGUUUGCCUCCAAGACAGUGUAUUGGCCUUCUGGAGACAUGGCAUGCAGGGAAGAAGUUUCAAGACCAAUGAGAUCACUCAGGAGAUCUCAGACAGCACACGCAUCUUCAGACUACUGGGAUCAGACAGGGUGGUGGUGCUGGAAAGCAGGCCUACGGACAACCCCACAGCCCACAGCAACCUCUACAUCCUGGCAGGCCAUGAAAACAGCUACUGAGACACGCACACUAACAGACGUGCGCAUAAACACACUCUGUAGACACCCCAUCAUUAGUGCAGAAAAGGGAGUAUGCGACACUCAUCCCAACCCCACUUUUAUUCCACCCAGCCUUCACCUUCUCGCCUGGCCCAACUGGCGGUGUUUCUGGGAGAUGUUCAUCACUGCACACGUGGAAUCCCAGUUGCAGUGAUUUUAUAAUGCACUGCAGUGUUACGUGUAUCAGUUAAGCAUGUGUGGUGUUAGAGCAGAGGGUUGCAGACCCGUUUCUGACAGGGUUUUAAAACUGCUGGUCUGAGGCUAGUUUAGGUCGAUAGCCAGCUGAAUCUCUGGCUACUUCCCUUUACCCUGCAUCGAUCACACUGGGAACAGCAUCUAGCACGGAAAUUUGACUCCAACACUACUUCUACUACUACUUCUACAUAUGCUACUACCACUACUGCUACUGCUUUUUGCGCUAAAGCUUCACAGAAGGGCAGUCUUGCACAGAAAAUCUGCCCUUCUCCUUCAUUACUCUCCUUCCUUUUUCCUUUCUUCUCCCUUUUUAAAAAAAAAAAACAAAAACAAAAAAAACGACACCUUUAUUUAUUUUGGCAUGACACGCUUUUAACAACCAGAAUAACUUUCCUCUUUUAUUUGUUGUCGUUAAGAAAUAAAUGAGAAAACCGACUAAAAAGCUUUGCCACUUUUGCUAGCAUCAAAUUCCAGUACUCGCCACCACACAAGUGCUUAAUUGACCUCUAUUUAAUUGUUGUAAAUACAAGCGUAGUAUUAUUUUUGACAGAAACAAACACUAAAAUGGUCGUGUAGAUAGGUGUGUGUGUAUAGUUGGUCUGUACAACGGUGGAGACGAAACGAGAGACAAACAGGAGUAUCGGGACAGUAAAGUCACUUUCUGGUUCCUUGAUCAUGUGACUAGAAUCAUGAAGUAAGCACCCCCACAGUCUCCCCAGGCGGGCAGCUUCAGUAUGAUAUUACUCUUGUAGGGGUGUGGAGCUCAGGAUCAAACUGAGCGAGCACAGGAAGCAACACUGAUCGGUCAUCUUUCAUCCUGCAUGCGUUGCAGUCAUAACGUCCUGCUUGUUAGCAUCAUGCGACUGUCAUCGGGGUGGAGGAAAUUAUCACUUCUGCUCCGUUUAAUUUUGUUUCUUAAUUUGUUUUUUAGUCAGAAAUCUUUGUUCAUUCUUUAACGAUACAUAUUUUGUUUUCCAUUUUUAUUGAACCACUGGUGUUAAAAAUUUGCACAAAGAUGUAUUUCAUAAACAAAUGUGAUUUCAUUAUAAUAUAUGACCUUGUGUGUAUGCACAGUGUGUAUGUGUAUGUGUGUGUGUGUGUGUGCACGUGUGUGCGUAGACAUAGAAUAUGCACAUAUAGGUGUGUUACGUACAGAUCUGGCUCUUUAACAAGUGACAAGUUUCUGGCCACAUGAAGAAAUCAGCUGAUAAGAAAAUCAAAGAGAAAAGCUCAAUUUAUACAGAAAUAAAGUCGUUUGGGCAGAAAUAAUGUGUUUUACAAAGUAAAAUGCAGAGCUGAAUCAUUUGCCGCCAGCCUGUGUUCCACAAUUUUCCACCCACUGGCAACCAUUGGGUCACCAGGGGAAGAUUUGUGUCCUCUAACCAGUUGGUUAGUGGUUGCUAGGUGAAACUGGUCACAAAGAAGUACAGUGCUUAUUAAAUUUAUUAGAUCGCCACCCAGCAUUGAUAUUUACCAAUAUCACUUUUUAUAUAUCUGUAGUGGUUAAUCCACCAGUGUGCCGGCUCAAGCUUGGGUAUAAAAAUGCGAAUUUAGUCAUUUUUAGUUUUAAACAAGUUUCUGACAGAUUUCUAAAAUAUUUGUGGGUUUUUUUUGUUUGUUUGUUUUGAUUUUAUGACAAGUGAUCUAAUAAAUUUGUUAAGCACUGAAUAUGGUGCUGCACCAAAACCCUCCUUGCGAUUGCCACAGUCACCCAUAAUUUGCAUGGAAGGUGCCAACUUGUCUGCUAGCUACUCACUGCGUCUUCCAUGCAAAAUACAGACGGCUGCAGCAGCUUCCAAGCAACCAAAAGCAAUCGCAAUGUGAUCUGUGACUUUUUUAAAGGCCUAUAUCUGUAUACGCGAUCACACUACAUGCAUGUAGAUGCACACUGUGUGGAUUCUAGGAGAGUCUGCAUGUGGCAGUACACUACCAUUUUUUUUUUUUUUGUUUGUUUGGUUUUUUUUUGCAAGCUGUGACACUAGAGGUUCCUUCUAAGGACUUUGACACCAGUGUAGCUGAACUUAACUGAGAUACCAUGUAUAAUGCUGAGAGAUUUGCCUUUGAAGCGGUUCACUUUCCUGAAGUUUAUUUCUUAAUUUUCUUCUUCUAUGUUCAGGCUAAAAUAAGCCAAAUUUGUUCUAAAAGCAGCUGAGAUUAGUAACUGAGAAAUUCAAUAUAUUGAUAAAAAUAAAUAAGAACAACUCUUGUUGGAGCAGUAAGUGACAUUAAAAAUUGAAAAGGGCCACAAAUUCUGCUUCAGCUGCCACCUUGUGGUUUAUAAUGCAUCUCUGUCCCCAUCAGCAGGCACUGAAAGAUAAAGAUUUCUGUUUAAUAAAGCAGGGACAGCAUCUGCUACAGUAUUCUUUUAAAUAUUCACAGGAAUUUUUUCCACUUGUCCCAGGUCUAGGCUCUUACAGAGAUGACCAUAAAAGGGAAAUCUUGCCAAAUUUGGGGGCCAACAGUUGAAAGUUUCACCACGGCUGCUUACUGCCACAUGUGAACAGUGAAACUGGAUUUCCUUCUAUUAUUUAAAAAGUCAGUAAAAUCAAAAUCACAACCUUUUUUACUUUACCAACAUCACAGCGUGCCCCUUCUCCAAACAUGUGGUGAUAAGAAUCACACUAAUGCCCACACACACUAUUCAUAAUGUUUUUAUCUGACAUUUGUGGAUGAACUGAUCCUCUCGCUAUGUUUCAGUUCUCUGUAAAGCAACUACAGUCAAAUGUAGAAAGGUUGAAUUCAGUGUGACAACAGAAAGGCUCUCCCCUUUCAGCAAACAAUAAUAUGCAUUGAUUUUACUAUGAAUUGCCUGCAGAGUGCGUUAGUGCCCCAGGUGAUUGAUUUUAGCCAUUAAUGAAUGCAUGCGCUUCCUGCCAACACCCAUUAUUACAGACUGGGAGUCAUUUCAGAGCUGCAGCCAAGUCCUUUAUUAAGUUAUUUAAGCCACAAUUUGUCACUUAUUGUCAAAAAGAUUAAGCCAAACUAAUCAUAUUUUACCUUUUAAGUUAUUAAUUCAAUUUGAUUGAUUUUUCAUCACUCGAGUGGUUGAAACACCAGUGUCAUCAUCAACCCCGCAUGACCAGCCUCUUAGUGAAGGGGAAUAAAUCAAGCAUUCCUUUGCAUUAAGUUCAUGUCAAACAAAUAUAUUUCAAAGAACAUAUAUCCUUUUUUUUUUUUUUUUUUUUUUUUUUUUGUAAUGCUAAAAUAUGUUGUUGAAACUUCUUCUGGCCAUAUUUAGGUAAUCUACCUCGUGGUAUGUAGAUUCAAAAAGACAGCAAAAACAAUGUCUGAUACUAAAGACAGCCGUGUGUUGAAACAUGUUCUCUAAACUUGCUCUUAACUGUCUGUUUUCUCAGUUGAUGUGUGUAAAUGAACAGUGCGAGGUUCUCUCAGAAUAUCCAUCUCAAAUCAUUUUUAAUUAUCAGAGCUUAACGGGUCUUAAUAUCCGUUUAGCUGCACACCUGACUUUGCAUAUAAUGUUUCCAUGUGGCUGAAAAAUAUAUAUAUACAUAUUCUUGCAGCUCUGACCACCUCUGCCUAUUUUUUCCUCUUAAAACAUUUAUGUUUGGGAAAGCUGUCAAUUAAGCAUAAUAACAAAGUUCAUGUGGGAUUGAAUGAUGCUCUGUUUCCUUCUUUCUGCCAUCAUGCACACAAGCGUAAUUUAUCAUCUCUAGAGCAGGUGCCAACAUGACCUUCCUUUGUGGGUUUUACUGAGAUGUUAAAAGUCUGUGUUUUAUAGCCUCGGCUGGGCCCGGAUCAAAUCACAUGUAGUCGCAGCGCAAUUUAAUGUGCUUGGAGUUGGAGAUUCUUUUCUCCCACAAAAGCGGAUACUAAACUGGCAUUCGGGUGGUUUUCCCUGGGUGUGCCUGGUGCUCCCAGCAAAUUAAUACAAGUCGUUACGAGUUAUUUGUGAAAGCCGUUUGAUCCGGGUCUCCUCCCGAUCGUCAACGAAUGCGUCACCUCUGUUCUGUCGCUAUUUCAUCACCUUUGUCUUCUGUUUUCAUAUUGCGAUGCAUAUGUCAUGUAAUGUGUGUAUAUAGUGUAAAAUAAAAUGGGUUUGUUUUACAUACUGUAUAAUUGCCUAUAUUUUGUUUCAAAAGUGUAACAGAUUUAUGAGAUGACAGGUUAACACCAUUAAAAAGAAGGAAGUAA